AUGAACAAACGACACCAUAAGCACGUGAGUCGCUAUACCACUAUUACUACUACUACUACUACUACUACUACUACUACUACUACUACUACUACUACUACUACUACUACUACUACUACUACUACUACUACUACUACUACUACUACUACUACUACUACUACUACUACUACUACUACUACUACUACUACUACUACUACUACUACUACUACUACUACUACUACUACUACUACUACUACUACUACUACUACUACUACUACUACUACUACUACUACUACUACUACUACUACUACUACUACUACUACUACUACUACUACUACUACUACUACUACUACUACUACUACUACUACUACUACUACUACUACUACUACUACUACUACUACUACUACUACUACUACUACUACUACUACUACUACUACUACUACUACUACUACUACUACUACUACUACUACUACUACUACUACUACUACUACUACUACUACUACUACUACUACUACUACUACUACUACUACUACUACUACUACUACUACUACUACUACUACUACUACUACUACUACUACUACUACUACUACUACUACUACUACUACUACUACUACUACUACUACUACUACUACUACUACUACUACUACUACUACUACUACUACUACUACUACUACUACUACUACUACUACUACUACUACUACUACUACUACUACUACUACUACUACUACUACUACUACUACUACUACUACUACUACUACUACUACUACUACUACUACUACUACUACUACUACUACUACUACUACUACUACUACUACUACUACUACUACUACUACUACUACUACUACUACUACUACUACUACUACUACUACUACUACUACUACUACUACUACUACUACUACUACUACUACUACUACUACUACUACUACUACUACUACUACUACUACUACUACUACUACUACUACUACUACUACUACUACUACUACUACUACUACUACUACUACUACUACUACUACUACUACUACUACUACUACUACUACUACUACUACUACUACUACUACUACUACUACUACUACUACUACUACUACUACUACUACUACUACUACUACUACUACUACUACUACUACUACUACUACUACUACUACUACUACUACUACUACUACUACUACUACUACUACUACUACUACUACUACUACUACUACUACUACUACUACUACUACUACUACUACUACUACUACUACUACUACUACUACUACUACUACUACUACUACUACUACUACUACUACUACUACUACUACUACUACUACUACUACUACUACUACUACUACUACUACUACUACUACUACUACUACUACUACUACUACUACUACUACUACUACUACUACUACUACUACUACUACUACUACUGAUAUCGACUUCAUUUUGAGAUUUUCUGAGUAA